AAUCCAACGCAGCAGCACGCACGCUGGGUCGCUGGCGGGCGGCGGCGGUGGGGCGGCUCUUAGAAAAACGCGAACUCGCGCGGCGCCCGAUCUCACGAGCCAAAAAACAAAGCCAACGAGGCGGGCGAGCAAGCAAGCAAACAGGCCACACAAAACUGAAGCUCACGGUCACGGGCGCGCAGCAAACUCACGCGGGCAGCUCGGCCCUCUGCCGAUGGCGCCGCGGCGCGGCCUCGCCGCGCCAAUCCUCCUCUUCCUCGCGCUGCUCCACGCCCUGGCCCUGUUCCCGCCACAGGGCGAGGCCGCGCCGGCGCCGUUCCGGGCGAGAGACCUGCUCCCGCUGCUGCCGCGGCAGCUCGCGUGGCAGCUCAUGGGCGCCACCGCCCACAGCGCCGUCGACCUGCUCCCGUCCUUCGUCGCCGCCGUCGCGCCCGGCGGGCCCGCGGCAUCCUGGCGCGGCGCGUGCUUCGACGAGAACGAGGCCGUCCUCAGGCUCACCCCCGGCGGCGCCGCCGGCCGCAACGGAACUGGCGGCGGCCUCAACAACACCAGCUCUAGCCUCGGCGGCGCCGUCCUCCGCCUCAAGACGGCUUCGCCUCAGAGCUGGACAUGCAUGGAUGUGUAUGUAUUUGCAACUCCAUACAGGAUAGGAUGGGAUUACUAUAUGAGAGCAAACGGAAAUCACACCUUUGAGAUUAAGGCGUGGGAAGAAGCGGCAGAAAUUGAAUAUGUAAAGCAGCAUGGCGUUGCCAUUUUCCUCAUGCCGUCUGGAAUGUUGGGAACGUUGUUAUCCUUGGUUGAUGUCAUACCUCUGUUUUCAAACACUGGUUGGGGUCAGGAUGCCAACUUGGCAUUUCUACAGAAGCAUAUGGGAACUUCAUUUGAGAAACGUUCUCAACCAUGGUCUGCAAAUAUAAGAAAAGAAGACGUACAUUCUGGUGACUUUUUAGCCCUUUCAAAGAUCCGGGGACGAUGGGGUGGAUUUCAGACAUUAGAGAAAUGGGUGACCGGCGCAUUUGCUGGGCACACUGCUGUCUGCUUGAAAGAUGAGAAUGGCACCCUUUGGGUUGCAGAAUCAGGCUAUGAAAAUAAAAAGGGUGAUGAAAUCAUUAGUAUGGUUCCGUGGGAUGAAUGGUGGGGAAUGGCACUUAAAGAAGAUUCAAAUCCUCAGAUAGCAUUUUUGCCGUUGCACCCUGAUGUACGGGCCAGAUUCAACGAAAGCGCUGCAUGGGAUUUUGCCCGAAGCAUGUACGGAAAACCCUAUGGCUAUCAUAAUAUGAUAUUUAGUUGGAUUGAUACGAUGUCAGACAAUUAUCCACCUCCUCUUGAUGCUAACCUGGUAAUGGCUAUUAUGUCAAUGUGGACCAGAUUGCAACCACAUUAUGCUUCUAACAUGUGGAACGAAGCUCUGAAUAAACGACUUGGGACUGAGAAAUUAGACCUUCAUGGGAUCAUAACCGAGACUGAGAAACGCGGCAUGUCUUUCAACCAGUUGCUCACCAUACCUGAGCAAGAUGACUGGGAAUACAGCGAUGGCAAAUCGACGACGUGCGUCGCCUUCAUCCUUUCGAUGUACAAGGCGGCUGGAGUAUUCGCUCCCUUCACGGAGUCAAUUCAGGUCACAGAAUUCACUAUUCGGGACGCCUACAUGCUGAAGAUCUUCGAGGACAACCAGACGAGGCUGCCAAGCUGGUGCAACGCCGCGGCGGACAGGCUCCCCUUCUGCCAGAUCCUCGGGGGGUACAAGAUGGAUCUGCCGGAGUACAACACGAUCGAGCCGUACGCGAGCAUGAACGAGAACUGCCCGUCCUCGCCGCCCGCGUACACGCGGCCGUCGCGCUGCUGAUCGCCAUGGCGUUCAGGGAAGACAGUGAUCAAUCGGAGUAGGCAGGCGUUGGUCAGGGCGUAACUGCGCAAGUGUAAAUAGACCACGCCGUGUGCAGCAGUGGUUUCGCUGGUAAUUGAAGCGUUGACAACAGGCUGUGAACGGAGCAUGUAGGUGGUGGUUUGUUCAUGCAGUAAUUGUACUUGGUUUAGAGAACGUGCUUAUGAAAAAAUCAGGUUUUUUUCUUAACUAUAUCAUGUAAGGGCAAGUGCUUAUUUAAACAUAGUUGUU